AUGUCGCCCGUCACUCGUUUGUUCUCGGCGGCGGCGGUCGCGUCAGUUGCGACUGCGGCUGUGCUUGAUCUGGGCAUUAUUGUCGACAAUGGCUACAAAGUUGUCGAGUUCGGCAUCGGAACGCCAGCCAAGACAUUCCGUCUCCUCUUCGAUACGGGAAGCUCCUCUUCGUGGGCGACCGACAGCCAGUGCCUCGCCAAGGGAAACUGCAACAACGGUAGCGGAUACGAUCGGACGGGCUACAGCAUCAACGCCUCAACCAGCGGCCACUACACGGGCGAAAGCGCCGUGAUCCCCUACCUCGGAGGCGACGUCGCCGGCCCCACGGUUGCCGAGAAAUGGACCAUCGGCAACUUCACCUGGGACCAGUCCUUCAUCGCCGCAAACGAGAGCAAUUGGGCCGCGCUCGCCGCUGACGGCUUCAUGGGUCUCGGCUUCAGCUCCAUCAUCGACGGCGGUGCCAACACCGUCGUCGAGACCCUCAUGGCGGAGAACCGCCUCGACGCGGCAAAGUUUGGAAUCUACUACGGUACCGAGGCCAAGAACACGAGCGGCGUGCCCGGCGACGGCGUCCUGACGAUCGGUGGCUCUCGCGAGCACGAGUACGUCGAGGGCGACCUCGUCACGAUCCCUAUCACCCGCGUGGACGGCACUUACGAUGUCUGGCGGUCUACGAUCCUCAAGGUCAACGGCACUCGGACGACGAGCAACGGCAGCGUCAUCGAGACGGAGACGGAUUUCGACCAGGCGCGCGUCGUCUUCGACACGGGCGCGGGGUCCAUUACCCUCCCGACGAAGCAGAACCUGGCCGUGUACGAGUCCAUCGGGAUGAACUACACGAAGAUCCUCAAGGGCGAGCACAUCCCGCUCUGCAGCGAGUUCAACUCGUCGUGGUCGUUCAAGUUUACUUUCGGUGACUACCGGUACCCGCAGACGAUUGAGAUCCCGGGCGAUCAGCUGGCGCGACCAGGGUUUGCGUACCGGGAUGACGCGUGCUGGCCUCCGUUUGAGGAUGGCGCGCAGUCUGGGUUCGUGUUGAUUGGGACGCCGUUGUUGAGGAACUUUUAUACCGUGUGGGAUUAUGGCUCUGCGGCGAACGAGACGGUGAUUGGGAAGUUUGAUCCGACGUUGUCGUUUGGGUACCUGAAGAACAAGACCGCGGCAGCGAAGUGA